CUUCAAUACGCGUCAGAACCAAAAUGCCUGAUAUUUUCGAUCGUUUAAACUAUGAACUCAUUUCUGCCAUUGUAGAACUCGUUAGCCAACGCGAUUGCCUUGAAGCAAUGCACGUAUCUCGCAACUGGUUUCACUUGUUGCCAAGCCAUGCCACUGCUCUAUGGACCAGUAUCGAUUUAUGCACGCCAUAUGGUUUGACCAUGGAUGAGCGUCUGUUACGGUGCCUCGGACCACACGUACAACAAGCAUCUUUGCAUUACAGCGAUCUCAGUGCAGUUCUUCAAAUAUUUCAGGAGCGUCAAGUUGAGAUACAGUGCCUUAAUCUUUAUCUAGACAGAGAUGUCUAUGAUGACUCUGAAAAAAAUACUUGCGUCUUAGAUAUACUGAAGACAUCCGCAAGCUUGAGACGCGUGAAAGAGCUCUCAAUUAUUAGUGAUCAAUGCGACAUAGCGCUGUUGGAUCUUGCUCGUGCCUGCCCCGAGCAACUCACUCAUCUAACAGUGCGUUUCUCUUGUGAUACCAUAUCGUUACGUCAAAAUACCGCUACGAAAGAGGUAACAGGAGCAGCAGCAGCAUCAUUGGCAGCUAUAAACGACCAAGCGCUAUUACCACAUCUCGUUUACCUCCAUUUGGACGCGCGUUUCGAAUUCCACGUACUCGAGCCUUUGCUUCAGCAAUGCCCACAUCUUCGCAUUCUACAGAUUUCACUAAAUGCCACUGACAGCUGUUUUAGCAGUGUUCCAGCUAUAACAGACGAGGCGUCUAUUCUUGGUGACGUUUUCGACUUUACUCGCGUAUUACAACAUUGCCCGCAUGUACACGCAAUCGAUUGCAACUAUGCUGGGCUCUGUACGUGGACUAGCAUUCCAGACCUUACGCGUAAUGCACAGUAUGGGUUGGAAACUUUACGCGUCGCCUACAAUACAUCCAAUAAUCACCCGAACGUAAUCAUGGCCGCAUUGCAAGCGUCGAUGGACACCCUCAAGGUGUUACAUAUUGAUCAAGAAAAACCAGAUGAUAAAUCCGAUUAUGUUUGGCUGUGGCCGGAUCGGUUGCUUGAAUCUGACACUAAUGUCGAAGAUUGGACACCGUUAGCGCAAAUUAAACUGUCGAGGCUACGAGAGUUAUCUACAACCGUCCUCACCAACAACUUUGGCAGAAACGUGAUCGGCUUCCUUCGUCAUCACUCGCACACACUAGAGAAGGUGGCUUUAACAAUCAAUUCAACAAAAUUGACCGAAGAACUGGUAUAUGCGAUACACGGAAUCGCGAGCCUCAGCCGAUUAUCACUGACUGUGGAUUGGGUCACUAAAGAACUGGAAGAAGAUUACCCAUUCUAUACUCCUCCUGUUACAACAACGGUGCCGAACAACUUUAUUCUUUUAGUGAACCGACCUCGAGUUCUCCAUGAUAUCUACCUUGAUUACAUCGCUUUGUCUGACCCGCUAUUACACCUCUUGGCAAGCAGUCAGUCAUUACGAACCAUCGUACUCAUGGCAAAUGGCACUGACUACCAAAAACCCGCAUCCACUGUCACUGCGAAGGGCCUGAGUACCUUUGCAUACAUUCUACAAUCGAAUUCUACUCUCAAAUCCUUGACGCUCGAAUAUUUCGCACCGUUGGAUGACAACAUAUUGGAAGCUUUGGGUCGGAUCGAAUCUUUGGAAAAGCUCAAAGUGACAAAUUGCCCUCAUAUCACUGAUGAUGGAUUACGACGGUUUGCAGAUACAGUGGGUGGCAGGGGGUGUUACUAUAAUUUCAUACAAUAUGGUUGUUCACAAGUCACCCGGGAAGGAAACGCGUAUGCAGAAAACGAAAUUAGGAGCAGAAUAUAAAUGGUAGCGUCAACAAGUUGGCUUUACAACUUCGACGCCGUAUUGUUAAUAUCUCUUUAUUGAGAACAAGAAAGCUAGUACAUAGCGCUUUGCUAUAUACUGCUUAGCGGCUAUUUUGCUACUGGUUUUUUUUUGUGGGGAAGUUCCUGGUCGGGAUUCAUUUUUAUUAAAGUGUACAAUUAUAAAGAACUGCCAAUAACGUUACAAAUAUCAUAAUGUAGUGAGUACAAGGGAUUGUGGCACACUGAUGAUAUAACUACGAACACCCAAUCACUAGCGAGGACUAUGCAGAAGUUGUCAUAGGAAUUACCGAG